UUGGCUGAGUCACCCAAACUUUCCAACGUCUGUUGGUGAGUUUACAGGAGAUUUUCCACCUUUAAGACUGUUUUAUCGGACGUCUAAAACCGUAGAAGGACUCCAUCUCUACCCCCCUGCAUCAGCAUGUCCUCUACCCGCCUGCUCAAAGAUGUCAGCGGGCUCUGUAUGCUGCUCUGCGGGCUUCUGAGCUCUGUUUGUGGGCAGAAAGUGUCGGAGAGUCCCGGGAAAGUCCAGGAGCUCCGGAGCGUGCUGACGGAGCUGACCGAGGAGGUGAGGGCUUUCCUGGGGAGUAUGAUCGGAGAACAGACGGUCAACUCAGUUAACAAGGCCUUCUCUCAGGUAGUGGCAGUGGUGGCAGGAGGUUUGGCAAGCGGUCUGAAUAUUCUCCAGAAGAACCUGUCACACCUGCUGGAGGCAGCUGGACUCACAGUGAACCUUCCUGUCCAAUCAGUGACCACUGAAGGCGUGAUCUUUGUGGGACAGUGGCUGAUCUUGGCUCUCAUUGGUUACUGGCUGCUGUCCCUUGCCCUCCAAUUGGUUGCCUCUACUUUAAGGCAGGCUCUGUGGCUUCUUAAACUCGGGUUGGCUCUCGGCUGUUUUGGCCUCAUCCUGAGCGACAGCAGUGCGACCUCAGAGACUACCGCUGUCCGAUUGGCAGUGCUGGUGUUUGUCUGCGUCUUAUUGGGUGUGGGUAGGGGGCAGGGUUCUGUGGUGGAGGAUAAGACGGCUCACCUGGAGGAGCAGGUGAGGAUCCUGGAGAGGAAGCUGAGAGAAAUGGAGAGGUGGAGGAGGACAGAGGAGUGAUGGAGGAGGACCAAGUUCCAUGUCACAUGAACACUCAGGGGAUGAUACUACCUACUACCUAAAGGACCGAUAACGAAUUUUCAAGUUCUGAGAUUAAAGUCAGGAUUCUGAGAUUAAAGUCAGGAUUCUGAGAUUAGAGUCAGGAUUCUGAGAUUAAAGUCAGGAUUCUGAGAUUAGAGUCAGGAUUCUGAGAUUAAAGUCAGGAUUCUGAGAUUAGAGUCAGGAUUCUGAGAUUAGAGUCAGGAUUCUGAGAUUAGAGUCAGGAUUCUGGGAUUAAAGUUAGAUUUCUGGCUUGUUUUGAUUGUUUGUAAUAAGAAGAGUUGGUUCUCAGUCCUUACAGUCACAGUUGUGUGCUCUGAGUUCAUAGUGCUGUUUGUGUCUCUAUUGGGGUCAUCCAAUCAUGUGCACUUCAUAUUGGUCAUUGAAAUGAUCUCAGGGACCCCUGUGUGAGGAGAUGGGCCCCAUGUGGCCCCUGGGUCUGUUUUAUAUCCUUAUUGAUUAUUGAGUGAUAGAAACUAGAUGUUGAUCUAGUUUAAAUCUUCCUCUGACCUGAAUUUCCCCUUUAAGUUUCUGGUUUCAUGUUUGUUAUUUGCUGUUUUUCAUAUUUAUCUGUGUUCUGUAUGAGUUUUAUACACACUCCUCUGUUCUUCCCUCCUCACUUUCAUUCAUCUGUCUUAAAAAAAGAAUCAAUUCUGUACAUCUCUGAAUGUUUUUACAUCCAUGUUGAUACAAUAAUCACAUUUAUUAUUAAAGAUAAAGCUGUA